AUGGUGGACUUUCAGCAGCUUCGGGUACAGGAGGUGGUGGAUUCCAUGGUGAAGACUCUGGAGAAAGAGAAUAUCUGGAAGAUGCAGGCCUUCAUGUUCUGGUGCAGCGCUGGCUGUUGUGAGGACAGCAAGGCAUCCAUGCGGCAGGUGCACCAGUGCAUCGAGCGCUGCCAUGUGCCUCUGGCUCAAGCCCAGGCCCUGGUAACCAGGGAGUUGGAGAAGUUUCAGGACUGCUUGGCCCGAUGCACCAUGCAUUGCAAUGACAAAGCCAAAGAUUCAAUAGAUGCAGGGAGUAAAGAGCUUCAGGUGAAGUGGCAGCUGGAGAGUUGUGUGACAAAGUGUGUGGAUGACCAUAUGAGCCUCAUUCCAACCAUGACUAAGAAGAUGAAGGAGUCUCUCUCAUCCAUUCAGAUAUAGAAGCCUUUGCCAUUGGCCAUUGUGACUGAGGGCAGGAAUCUAUUUAAAAUGAAGAAUGAGAAUUUUG